AUGUUCGGUGGCUUCUCGAGCCCUAACAAAGAGAAGAAAGCCGAUUCCUCCCUUGCUGCCGCGUCCUCGCCGUCGACGGCUCCCAACGCAUCAUCCACAGGCCCAGCCGCGUCCUACUCGCAGGAGGACAGCGCCAGCUCCGACAAAACGAACGAGAACCCCUCUUCGUCCAGCCGCGAGAAGCGCCAUUUCUCGCUGACAGACUCUUCCAAGCGUGCGUGCGAGCGUUGGAACCAGCCCGGGGACAAGAAACGGCGAAACAGCUCCGUUAACAAGGCAGCGGCCCUCUUCGCCAGCGCGAAGAAUUCUCUGCACCUCUCCAGCCUCAAGAGCCAGCUCAGAGAUUCAACGACGACAUCGAACACUACGGCUACGACACAGCAGCAGCAGCAGCAGUCUCAGGCUGCGCAGACGACUCUGCAGAUUUUGGGCAAGAUGGAUCCCGCUCUGAUCGUCCCUCAGGGCUCGUUGAACAACUCUGCCGGCGAAUCGAUGCCCACCUCACGUUCCUCUUUCCAGGUUGGUGUGACCGAAGAUAGAAAUAGAAAAUGCCGAAGAACGAUGGAGGACACCCACGCCUAUCUCUACAACUUCCUCGGAGCCCCUCUUGCCCCAGCAACAAGGCAGCUUCAGGCCGAUACCUCGAAACAGAGCGAGGGCGGGGCAACCGAUGAUGCUGCCUCCACGGAGAUGGUGGAAACUGACAAUGGCUACUUCGCCAUAUUCGACGGCCAUGCUGGCUCGUUUGCUGCAGAAUGGUGCGGCAAGAAACUACAUCUGAUUCUUGAAGACACUAUACGAAAGAACCCUAGUGCUCCAGUGCCCAUGCUCCUUGAUCAGACCUUCACCUCUGUAGAUCAGCAGCUAGAACAACUGCCGUUAAAAAAUAGUGGCUGUACUGCCGUCAUUGCAGUGCUAAGAUGGGAAGACCGUCUCCCCAGCCCGGCCGCAUCAAUUGCUGAAUCGACGAAGAAAAAGGGCAAUGCAGACGACCCUGAAGGUACCAGUGUAGAGGGAUCGAAGCCAAGUCUCUCUGAGGAUGCGUCUGCCAUAUCACCGCAGGACGACCACCCCAUUCGUUCCAGGGUUCUGUACACUGCCAACGUCGGCGACGCCAGGAUCAUUCUAUGCCGUAAUGGCAAGGCAUUACGCCUGUCAUACGACCACAAGGGUAGCGAUGAAAAUGAAGGGUUACGAAUAACCAAUGCCGGAGGAUUGAUUUUGAAUAACCGUGUCAAUGGCGUCCUCGCCGUCACUCGCGCUUUGGGAGAUACCUACAUGAAGGAUCUUGUCACCGGACACCCAUUCACCACCGAAACUGUCAUUCAGCCAGAGAUUGACGAGUUUCUAAUAUUAGCUUGUGAUGGGCUUUGGGACGUUUGUUCUGACCAGGAGGCUGUGGACUUGGUUCGCAACACCAAAGAUCCUCAGGCUGCCUCGAAGAUACUCGUCGACUAUGCUCUUUCACGCUUCAGUACCGACAAUCUUUCCUGCAUGAUUGUCCGCUUUGAUACCAAAGCCACGGCAGAGGAGGCAAACCGUCAAGCCUCCCCUAAAGAUCUAAACAAUACCGGCGACUCCUCGAAAAGGACCAUGAGCGAAGCUGACAGAAUCGUCGAGAUGGCCAGGAAAAAUGCCGCUGACAUUGAAAACAAGGCUCGUGCUGAGCAGUCGAUGGACGAAGAUAAGGAUACCACUGAAAAGCCAGCAUCUCAUGAGACACAGCAGAAAUCCGCUAGUGACGAUGAUAAAGAAAAGAUGACCGAACCUGAAUAG